AUGAUCGGCACUUCGCCUGCGGCUUUCUGGGACUCGCGCUUCAUCCCGACAGGCCCGGCCCUUAGCCUCAUGCAAGCCAGCAUUGCUCGUGCAACAACCUUCCAAUCUGAUUUGAAGGGUGUCCACGGCUCAUUCUUCACACCCCUUGUGGCUGUCGAGGCGAAUGCUUGGCGCGGUCGCUAA